GACGAAUCGAGCGUUAGUCGAGCGCCAUCCACCUCUUCGACAACGUGCGUCGCGCGUGGUCUCUCGUACAACGCGAUACUCGAUAAUCGUACUUAAAAAAUCUCAACUUUUCGAAUAUUUCAAAUAAAUUACUAACGUAUAUAGUAUAUAUAGUCUAAUAAUUGGUUCAAUACUUAAAACAAAUUAGAGCAAUUAUUCUAUUUACUGAAACGAAGAAAAGAAAUAUCGAAUAUCUCGUUAAACCAGAGUGUUACUUCAUCUACUUCUCUUAUCAAGAAUAAACACACUUGGAGAAUGUCUUGCCCAAUGAGCAGUGUUGAAAAGGAUAAUCGGAAUGAUCAGGCACAGCAGGAUGAGAUAACGCCAAAAUCGGCGUUACAGUAUGGCGAUUAUUUGUGUUUAGACAAGAUCUUGACUGCGCAAAGGCUUCUUAGCGACGAACAUGGCAAUAAAGUGCACGACGAACAUCUUUUUAUUAUCACUCAUCAAGCGUACGAGCUUUGGUUCAAGCAAAUUAUUUUCGAGCUCGACUCCGUUAGGAGCCUCUUCAGCUCCGAAUCCAACAAUUGCAAUGGGUCCAAUGGGUCUUCCAACGAUCAUUCGGCCGCCAACCACGGCAAUGGAAUUUCUCACGUUCUGAAAGAGUCGAAAACCCUGGAAAUCCUCAAACGAUUGCAUCGCAUUGGGCUUAUUCUGAAGUUAUUGGUGGAUCAAGUUACAAUUCUGGAAACGAUGACGCCGUUGGAUUUCAUGGAGUUUAGGGAUCUGUUGUGCCCGGCCUCGGGUUUCCAAUCCCUGCAAUUCCGUCUACUGGAGAACAAACUGGGCGUAAAACAAGAGCUCAGAUAUAAAUACAGUUACGUACAGAUCUUCAAAAAUCCCGAGGCCAUCGAGGCGAUCAAGCGAUCUGAGGAAGAGCCUAAUCUCUGUAGUCUGAUUCAGAGUUGGUUGAGCAGAACGCCAGGGCUCGAGCCACACGACUUCGAUUUCUGGGGAAAGUAUAAGCGAUCGGUGGACAGGAUGCUUACCGAGCAAGAACAAACCAUACUUAAGUCGGACAAAUGCGUCAACAACAAUAAGUUGAACGAUAUGUACAAGCGCAAGCGAAUACUUUUCGAAAGCAUUUUCAACGAGUCGCACCACAAUGCUCUCGUCUCACGUGGGGAACGCAGAUUUUCGCACAUUGCCCUCCAGGGAGCAAUAAUGAUCAACCUGUAUCGGGAUGAACCACGAUUCAGUCAGCCGCAUCAAAUCCUAUCGGAGUUAAUGAACAUCGACUCUCUAAUCACGAAAUGGAGGUAUAAUCAUGUUAUCAUGGUACAACGAAUGAUCGGAUCUCAACAAUUGGGCUCUGGUGGCUCCUCCGGCUACCAAUAUUUGAAGUCCACAUUAAGCGAUCGAUACAUAGUCUUUCUGGACUUGUUCAACCUGUCGAAUUUCAUGAUACCACGUCGCAUGAUCCCGCCGUUGACGAAGCAAAUGAAAAUGAAACUAUCAAUAGCCACGUACUCGGACGAGGACCAAGAUGAAUCGAUCAACUCUCUAGAAAGCUUGAAAAUUAGCUCACCCAGCACACAACAAAGUUCAUAAAAUUCUAAUAGGUUUUAACGUUUCUUUAACGUCACGUAGUCAGUGUAUAUUAUGCACUCACGCUGAUACAAUUAGAUUAUAGUUAGACGAACGCUUGAAAGUGAAUGCUCUCUUCAAAACGUUUAGCGUUAGAAUUAAAUAUUUCUGAAAGGCUUCUCGGAAUUAAUCUACGAUAACGUUAACAUUGAAAAGUAAAAUUUCAAAUAUGUAUUCAAAGUUAUUUAUGAAAACGUUUCCGAUUACUAAUUAGAUUAGACGGGGUGAUUUAAAGUAGCGUUUCUCAAACUUUUUCGCCGCGCAACUCCCAAAAAACGUAAAAAAGGUGAAAUUAAUACUUUGCGACCCCCUGUAAAACCCCAGGAGGGUACAAUGAGACUAUUUCACUCACUUAAAGAAAAUUUCGUACGAGAAAUUUUAUAAAAUUAUUAUUUUGCGACCCCCAUUUCGAGAACCGCUGAUCUAAAGAAAAGUUUAUCUCCAUUGUUCACAGUGUCUAUCGUUAAUAAAAAAAGCUCAUAGCUGUGUCUAACGAUUGCAGAUAUCACUUUCUCACAGAUUAACUUUUCCUCUUGGAUUGCCUUCUGUUAAAAUAAUUGUAUUCGGUAGACUUCUUCUGACGUAACAAAUAAUACGAGAAACAUAAUUAACAGCA